AAAAAUCAUGUAUUUCUUUCAAAAAUUAAAAACCGAGUCUAUCUUUUUCUUGUUCCACAAGUCAAAGAGAAAAAAAUGAACUACUUAACCUAAUCGCUCCCUGAAAUCAAUCUACUUCUCAUCCACCCAGACCGUCGUCGAUGGCACCACCACCAAUGAAAAGGCAGAGAACAAACUCUUUCAAAUUGAAUUCUUCUUCUUCAGAUUUAGAUUUACCAGAUGAUAUAUGGGAACGUGUGUUCAGAUUGCUGAAAAAUAACGACGAUGAUGACCACCGCUAUUUGAAGUCUCUAUCUGUCGCCUCAAAACACUUCCUCUCCGUCACCAACCGUCACAAAUUCUGUCUAACUAUCUUGUAUCCAACCCUACCUGUCCUCCCUGGCCUAUUACAAAGGUUCACCAAACUCACCUCCCUCGACCUCUCGUACUAUUAUGGUGACCUCGAUGCACUUCUUACUCAAAUCUCUAGCUUCCCAAUGUUCAAACUCACAUCGCUCAAUCUUUCCAACCAACCCAUCCUUCCUGCUAAUGGUUUGCGAGCUUUCUCUCAGAACAUUACAACUUUGACCUCACUUAUUUGUUCCAACCUUAAUUCUCUUAAUAGCACUGAUCUCCAUCUCAUUGCUGAUUGUUUUCCUUUGCUAGAAGAACUCGACCUCGCUUACCCCUCUAAAAUCAUUAAUCACACACAUGCUACCUUCUCCACUGGACUAGAGGCUCUUUCAUUAGCACUCAUCAAACUCCGCAAGGUUAAUCUCUCUUAUCAUGGCUACCUCAACGGCACUUUGCUUUCUCACUUGUUCAAGAACUGCAAGUUUCUCCAAGAUGUCAUCUUGCUUAGAUGUGAACAAUUAACCGUCGCAGGCGUUGAUCUUGCUCUCCGCCAGAGACCAACAUUGACUUCUUUAUCCAUUACAGGUACUGUUACUACUGGUUUGGAAUAUCUUACCUCACAUUUCAUCGACUCCUUGUUGAGUUUGAAGGGAUUGACUUCUCUUCUUUUGACGGGAUUUCAUAUCUCAGAUCAAUUCCUCUCCUCCAUUGCAAUGGAAAGUCUUCCUUUGAGGAGGCUUGUACUCAGCUAUUGCCCCGGAUAUACUUAUUCUGGAAUCUCAUUUUUGUUAUCUAAGUCGAAACGUAUCCAACAUUUGGAUCUUCAAUAUGCUGAUUUUUUGAAUGAUCAUUGUGCUGCUGAGUUGUCUUUGUUUCUUGGUGAUCUGCUCUCUAUCAACCUUGGUAAUUGUCGCUUGCUCACAGUUUCCACUUUCUUUGCUCUCAUUACCAACUGUCCUUCACUUACCGAGAUCAAUAUGAAUCGCACAAAUAUCCAGGGAACCACCAUACCUAAUUCUCUGAUGGAUCGUCUUGUAAACCCUCAAUUCAAGUCUCUCUUUCUGGCUAGCACUUGUUUACAAGAUCAAAAUAUCAUCAUGUUUGCUGCCCUUUUCCCCAAUCUGCAGCAGCUUCAUCUCAGUCGUUCCUUUAACAUAACCGAAGAAGGUAUUCGUCCGCUUUUAGAGAGUUGUCGUAAGAUUAGACAUUUAAACUUAACCUGUUUAAGUCUUAAGUCACUUGGAACGAACUUCGAUCUUCCCGACCUUGAGGUGUUGAACUUGACAAAUACAGAAGUGGAUGAUGAAGCACUCUAUAUAAUCUCAAAUAGGUGCCCUGCCCUUUGGCAACUGGUACUGCUAAGAUGUGAUUAUAUCACAGACAAGGGAGUCAUGCACGUGGUAAACAACUGCACGCAACUCAGAGAGAUAAGUUUGAAUGGCUGUCCUAAUGUGCAAGCUAAAGUUGUUGCCUCCAUGGUAGUUUCAAGGCCAUCAUUGAGAAAGAUCCAUGUUCCACCCAACUUUCCUUUGAGCGACAGAAAUAGGAAACUCUUCUCGCGCCACGGAUGUCUAAUUGUGAGGUGAAGUGGAUUCAAACUAUGCAAAUACAUUUGAAGGGCUGAAGAGGAUUGAAGAUGGAAAUACAACUUUGGUGUAUUACAAUUUCACAAUCAGUGGCUGAGACGGUGAGGUUGGCUAAAAUUCUGUGGUCUAGGAAUGGAAACCUGACAAUUAUAUUGAAGUCUUUUUCAUAGGAUGUACUUACCAAACACAUCAAGAGCUAGCACGAAGAUGUAUGUUUUUCGCACAUAUGAGGGAGUUAAUAAAUUAUUGUACAAUGUACAUUAACAUUAGAAGUGCACAUCUCAAGAUACAUAAAACACUCAAGAGAGUUGUAGAAAUGACAAUGAUUAUUCAUCAUAAAAAAUAGGACAAAUUGAUAUCUUCGUAGGCUUUUGACCAAUCAUCCAAAUUAAAAGGGUCGUUUUUUUUUCCUUAGUAAGAACUCUUCCAAAUUUGAUAAAUAGUCUUUUCUAUUCAAUAUCAAUGUUUGCAAAACGACUCAUCCAUGACUUUGAACCAA